AAAAAAAUACUAACCAGUUGAUUAGUAAUUGAACCCACAGCCUUUUCAAUGACUAUUUCCAUUUAUGAAUUUUUGCCCAAUCAUUCAGCGGCAGGUGCAUGAACUUAGAUUUGAUCAGUGUUUUAGCGAAGUCUACCGACAGAAACACGCAAAGAAGCAAGAGUAAAGAUGUCCUUCUUUGUGAAUCACACUUUUUCACUUGGAGAAUCGGGUAAUGGAAAACCGGAUCAGCAAUGUCCGGGAUUAGCAGUACAAAAUACCGUUUUAGGAACUUCUUGUUUUCUUGGGAUCAUCGCGAAUUCGAUCAUUCUAGCAUUCAUCUUCAAAAAUCGCCGUGGAGGUCUAACGCCCGAUAAAAUACUGAUCACCAAUUUUGCACUCGUGGAUCUGAUCGCAUGUUUGAUCAGUCUUCCACUGCACAUGACAGCUAUCAAUGGCGACUCAAGCCUGGCGGACAACGGAGUGUGUUUAGCCAGGUUCUUUACCAUGUUCGCGAGCUUUGCUGUUAACAUCAUGACACUGGCUGCCAUCAGUAUUGACCGCUAUGACGCCAUUUGUCGUGCGCCGUUCCGUGAGAUAACCCUCAGGAAGACUGUAUACCACCUCGUCUUCAUCUGGCUGUUUGCAAUUUGUACCGCCGCAGCCGGAGGUAGCGGGCAUGUGUUGACUGCUGCACGGAGCGAACAUGUAUGCCUCAGUCCGGGUAGGGAGAUCCCUUCGGAAGCACUAACCGGGAAAUCGGUCAUGCUCGCCAUUGUGACAUUGUGGAUAGUUCCUUCCCUCGCCAUCGUGUUUUACAGGUUUUACGCAAUCGUUAAGUAUGUACAAGAGCACUCGGCUCAUCUCCGGUCCGUGCUCGGCGCUGUAGGCGUGAAAAGAGAAGUUAAGCUAACAAGAAUUUGCGCGGCAAUGGUUGUAACGUAUCUCAGUUGUUGGGUGAUGUUUGCAAUCAUGGUACUGCUGAGAAACAUGUUUUCCUCCUUAACCGUGCAUUGCACUUAUCUCUGGUCGCACUCGUUAGCUUAUUCCAGUUUCACCGUAGUGCCAUUUGAAUACAUGGUCCUCGACAAAAGAUUGCUUGCCUACGUUUGGCAAAAAUUUUCUCGAAAGAGAAGA